AUGGCAAGCCACCUGUUAGGUUUCCUGCUCUCUCUAAUUGCUGUUAUCCUGCCCCCGAGAUAUGGCUGCACGGACAUUAUUGGAGGACAUGUCGUGCGUCCUCAUUCCUGGCCAUUUAUGGCUGCUAUCCAGACAAAUAAUUCAACUGUGUGUGGAGGAGUUCUUGUGGAAAAGCAAUGGGUUUUGACAGCAGCACAUUGUAAUUCAAACAAAAAAAAACUUAGAGUUGUUCUUGGAGCCCAUCAAGCAUCCGUGGCUGAAAAAGAACAACAGAUAUUUAAGGUUACGCACUACUUUCCUAAUCCUCAGUUUGACACGUCUUCCAAGGAAAAUGAUAUAAUGCUCCUCAAGCUGAAUGGUAUUGCAAAGCUGAAUAAAGACGUGCAACUUUUGCCUCUGCCUGACUCUUGUGAAGAUAUCAAACCUGGCACAACGUGCCAGGUGGCUGGCUGGGGACUCAUGUCUCCAGAAAGGCGAUCAAAAUAUCUUCGGGAAACAACUCUUAAAAUUUUUGAUAGAAAACUCUGUGAGAGGAAGUAUAAAAAUUACACAAAAAUAACCAGCAACAUGUUGUGUGCUGGAGAUUCAGGUGGACCAUUAAUCUGUGCCAGUCAAUACAGUGGGAUUGUUUCUUUUGGAAGAAGAUGUGGAAACAGAGGCAUGCCUGGAGACAUGCCUGGAGUUUAUACACGACUGACUGAAACAUAUAUUAACUGGAUAAAAAAAAUAAUUUCCCUUUACGGAGAUCCAUGA